GUCGCAAUCCCGCCCUCUUUCCUAGUACUUCCUGUUCCCGCUAACCCUGGCGUGGGGCCCGGGGCCGAAGAGUGACAGUGGCUUGAGUGACCUGGGUCGUCCGCGACAACCGAGUCGGGUUGCGAAGCCAGACCCCAGCGCUCGGGGCGACGCUUGGGCCGCGCACAGUCUGCGCGGGGUCCCAGCGGGCAGUGGGCUGGGGCUGACUCCUGUCUCAGGAUGCCGGGGGAGGAGGAGGAGCGGGCCUUCCUGGCAGCCCGCGAGGAGUUGGCGAGCGCCUUGAGAAGGGAUUCCGGGCAGACGUUUUCGCUAGAGCAGCUCCGGCCUCUACUGGUCACUUCUCUGCCGCCAGCAGCCCGCUACAUGCAGCUGGACGCUGCACGUCUGGUCCGCUGCAACGCUCAUAGGGAGCCCCAAAACUACCUCAACAUCCUCUCCACGGCCCUGAACAUCCUGGAGAAAUACGGUCGCAACCUCCUCAGCCCUCAGCGGCCCCGGUACUGGCGUGGGGUUAAGUUUAAUAACCCUGUUUUUCGCAGUACAGUGGAUUCUGUGCAGGGGGGCCGGGAUGUUCUGCGAUUAUAUGGCUACACAGAGGAACAGCCAGAUGGGUUGAGCUUCCCUGAGGGGCAGGAGGAGCCAGAUGAGCAUCAGGUCGCUGCCGUCACACUGGAAGUACUGCUGCUUCGGACAGAGCUCAGCCUGCUUUUACAGAAUAUUCAUCCAAAACCACACGCACUGGAGCAGCUGCUGACAGACAAGGUUGAAGAUGAUACACUGCAGCUCUCAGAGUUUGCCCCCUUACUGAGAGAGAUUGCUCCUGGCCACCUCACCAUACCCCCUGUCCAAGGCCCCACUCCUGGUCCCUGCUUCCUCUGUGGUUCUGCCCCAGGCACACUGCACUGCUCAGCCUGUAAACAGGCCUUGUGCCCAACCUGUGAUCGUCUGUUCCAUGGACACCCAGACCGUGCCCACCACCUCCGCCAGACUCUGCCUGGGGUCCCCCGGGUCACCCACCUGACUCCCAGCUUACCUGCCUCAGCUCCGCCACGGCCUCAGUCAGCCUCCCUGCUGGCCCUGGGAGACAGCUCUCUUUCUUCCCCUGAUCCUGCAAGUGCCCAUCUGCCCUGGCACUGUUCCUCCUGUGCCAUAUUAAAUGAACCUGGGGCAGUACUCUGUGUGGCCUGUGAUCGGCCCCGAGGCUGUAAGGGGUUGGGACUGGGGGUCGAGGGUCCUCGAGGAGCUGGGGGCCUAGAACCUGAGCUUGCCCGGGGUCACUGGGCCUGUCAGAGCUGCACCUUUGAAAAUGAGGCGGCAGCUGUGCUGUGUGCCAUAUGUGAGCGACCUCGGCUGGCUCAGCCUCCUAGCUUGGUGGUGGAUUCUCAGGAUGCUGGUGUUUGCCUGCAGCCCCUUCAGCAGGGGGAUACUUUGCUCUCUUCUGCCCAGACUCCAGUGUGGUACUGUAUUCACUGUACCUUCUGCAACUCGGGCCCUGGCUGGGUGUGUGCUAUGUGCAACCGGACCAGCAGCCCCAUCCCAGCACAGCACACCCCCCGGCCCCAGGCCAGCUCUUUGGAAGAGCGACUCCCCGAACCAGGGCCUCCACGACGCUUCAGUGGCCCUCUGCCCAGUUCCUGUGGGGACCCUGAGAAGCAGCGCCAAGACAAGAUGCGGGAGGAAGGUCUCCAGCUAGUGAUCAAGAUCCGGGAAGGGGAAGCUGGAGGUGCCAGUCCAGAGGAGGUCUUCUCGGCUCUGCAGUACUCAGGCACUGAGGUGCCCCUACAGUGGCUGCGUUCAGAGCUGCCCUAUGUGCUGGAGAUGGUGGCUGACCUGGCUGGACAGCAAGACCCAGAGCUGGGUGCCUUUUCCUGUCAGGAGGCCCGGAAAGCCUGGCUGGACCGUCACGGCAAUCUUGAUGAAGCCGUGGAAGAGUGUGUGAGGGCCCGGAGGAGGAAGGUGCAGGAGCUCCAGUCCCUGGGCUUUGGGCCUGAGGAGGGGUCUCUUCAAGCUUUGUUCCAACAUGGGGGUGACGUGGCCCGGGCCCUGACUGAGCUACAGCGCCAGCGCCUAGAACCUUUCCAUCAGCGCCUCUGGGACAGUGGCCCUGAGCCCGCCCCUUCCUGGGAUGGGCCAGAUAAGCAGAGCCUGAUCCGACGGCUUUUGGCGGUCCAUGCCCUCCCUAGCUGGGGCCGGGCAGAGCUGGCGCUGUCGCUGCUGCAGGAGACACCUAGGAACUAUGAAUUGGGGGAUGUGGUAGAAGCUGUGAGACAGAGCCAGGACCGGGCCUUCCUGCGCCGCUUACUCGCCCAGGAGUGUGCCGUGUGCAGCUGGGCCCUGCCCCGCAACCGGAUGCAGGCCCUGACCUCCUGUGAGUGCACCAUCUGUCCCGACUGCUUCCGCCAGCACUUCACCAUCGCCUUGAAGGAGAAGCACAUCACAGACAUGGUGUGCCCUGCCUGUGGCCGCCCUGACCUCACUGAUGACACGCAGUUACUCAGCUACUUCUCCACCCUCGACAUCCAGCUUCGAGAGAGCCUAGAGCCAGAUGCCUAUGCACUGUUCCACAAGAAGCUGACCGAAGGUGUGCUCAUGCGGGACCCCAAGUUCUUGUGGUGUGCCCGGUGCUCCUUUGGCUUCAUAUAUGAGCGUGAGCAGCUGGAGGCAACAUGUCCCCAGUGUCACCAGACCUUCUGCGUGCGCUGUAAGCGCCAGUGGGAGGAGCAGCACCGAGGCCGGAGCUGUGAAGAUUUCCAGAACUGGAAACGCACCAAUGACCCGGAAUACCAGGCCCAGGGCCUGGCCAUGUACCUUCAGGAAAAUGGCAUAGACUGCCCCAAGUGCAAGUUCUCGUAUGCACUGGCCCGAGGAGGCUGCAUGCACUUUCACUGCACCCAGUGUCGCCACCAGUUCUGCAGUGGCUGCUACAACACCUUUUAUGCCAAGAAUAAAUGUCCAGACCCCAACUGCAGGGUGAAGAAGUCCCUGCACGGCCACCACCCCCGAGACUGUCUCUUCUACCUGAGGGACUGGUCUGCUCUCCGGCUCCAGAAGCUGCUGCAGGACAAUAACGUCAUGUUCAACACAGAGCCCCCAGCAGGGGCGCGGGCAGUACCUGGAGGUGGCUGCCGAGUGAUGGAGCAGAAGGAGGUUCCCAAUGGGUUCCGGGAUGAAGCCUGUGGCAAGGAGACUCCAGCUGGUUAUGCCGGCCUCUGCCAGGCACACUACAAAGAGUAUCUUGUAAGCCUCAUCAAUGCCCACUCACUGGACCCAGCCACCCUGUAUGAGGUGGAGGAGCUGGAGACAGCCGCCGAGCGCUACCUGCAUGUGCGCCCACAGCCGCUGGCUGGAGAGGAUGCCCCCACCUACCACGCCCGCUUGUUACAGAAGCUGAAAGAAGAGGUGCCCUUGGGACAGAGUAUCCCCCGCAGGAGGAAGUAGCUGAGGGCAGGGGUCCCAUUGAGGGUCCCGUGCUCUGACUCCCUCAGGAACAGCUCCUGCACCAAUAAAGAGGCAUUUCCUUGCCCA